AUAAAUUGUGGCAACCUUUGUUCAUCUAAAAAACAUAUCAAAAAAAAAAACAAAAAUAAAGAAAAAAUAUUAAAUUUUAGACCAUGAAAAGAAUUCAUAACUAAUUUCUGAAAAAAGAACUAAAUCUGUGAAACCGUGAAAUUUCAAGUUCUUCUCAGUUCGUUAAACAAGAGCUACGUUUAAACACCAAACUACAGCGGCCUGCAAUUUGAAGUUGUCAGCUCACCAAUCGUUGACAGUUUUAGUGAAAUUUGACAACCGUGACAAAAAUAGCACCCACUUGGCUGCACCAUCGCUUUUGCUUUCAUUUGGAUACCAAGGAGAUACAAAUCGAGACGCUUAAAAUCAAAACACGCCAUGGAGAUUUCGUCUAAAGAAAUGGAGGUUCGCCCCAAUACCAUCGCUGAUGUCAAAGUAGAUGCCUCUUUUCGUCGAAUACCGAAAAAUGCCAUCUGCUUUCACGUAUGGAAAAUCGAUGAAGAUCGUUUGGAAGCUGAACCUAAAUCUCAAUAUGGUACGUUUCUAGAUGAUUGUGCCUAUAUCAUAUAUGCUGCAGCUCCUGUGGGUUCAUAUGUCAAUCAAGAUACUAUAACCCGCGAAGUGAAACCUUCUGUAAAUCUAGAACGUUUUAUACACUUUUGGCUGGGCGAAAAAGUUUCCGAGCAAAAGCGUUCCAAUGUGGCACAUAAAAUACAAGAGCUGGACUCUUAUUUUAGCAAUGUUGCGGUGGAGUAUCGGGAGACGCAAAAUAAUGAAAGUGCCCGUUUUCUGUCCUACUUUAAAAGGGGCUUAACCAUCAAAUGUGGCCUACUGGUAACUUCUUCCGACCCAAAUCGCUUGUAUCAGGUGUAUGGUCGUAAAUGGCUGCGUUGCAUUGAAAUGAAAUCAAUAGCCUGGGAACAUUUUGGAGCUGAUUAUGUUAUGCUCUUGGCCACAGCCAAUCAUUUCUAUGUUUGGAUUGGUCGUUCCAGCAGUAGCAUUGAGCGCCGCAAUGCCAUAGAUUUGGCCAAUAAAUGGCAGACGGAUCCCAGCAAAAUCACCAUUGUGGAUGAUGGCUAUGAACAAUCCAUGCCCGAUAAAUGUAAAAAUGAAUGGAAUACCUUUCUGCCCCUAUCACAAAGGGCUGUGUGCCAGAACUCCCCGGCAAUCGAGAAGCCCAUAUGCAACAAAUUGAAAAUCUACAAAUGUUGCUAUCGCAAUAAUCGCCUACAUUUGGAUCAAUUGGAUGUGGUCAUACCUACCAGAGAGGAUUUUAGUGAUUCCACUACAGCCUAUGUGUUGGAUGGUUUCUCUCAGGGUGUAUGGUUGUGGGUGGGUAGUCAGGCCACACAACAGGACAAGACCAGCGCCAUGGGCAAUGGUAGGGCUUUUGUAAAGAAGAAAAAAUAUCCUUAUAGCACUCCUGUUAUACGGGUCAUUGAAGGUCACGAACCCUCGGAAUUUAUACGUCUUUUUCCCUCUUGGCAUAGCGAGAGCAAUGAUAUGCAUAUGAAACCAAUUUCCACCAUAUUGGGAAAAUUCGAUUCCAUGACUUUGUGUCAAAGACCCAAAAUGGCUGCCGAAACUCAACUCAUAGAUGAUGGCACGGGUGAGCGUAAAAUCUAUCGCAUUACCAAGGAUCAAGUGAUCGAAAUGCCAACCACAAAAGCAGUCUACUUCAACACUCAUAAUGCAUAUGUGAUCCAAUACACGGUGGUGAGUUGGUCCAUGAAUCCCAAUGACAGUGAAAGUGUUGGCAUCAAACACAUCAUCUACCAAUGGAAUGGUUCGGAGGCUUCUGCCGAUAUCACCAGCAAAGCGGAAAAAUUUGCUAUAAAUCUUUUCGAAUCGAUAAAUUCAAAGUCCAUGUACAUUCAAAUGGGUGAAUACGAUGAGACACCACAUUUCCUGCAAAUGUUUGAGGGGAAACUUAUUAUACUACUCAGCGAAAAGGAUAUUCCAGUCAUACAGAGUAAUAAUAACAACAACACCAUCAUAACCAAUGGACAUGAGGAAAAGGACACUCUAAUAUUGAAAGUCUAUGGUGAUUCUACCUACAAUGCAAAGGCUGUGGAAGUUUAUCCGCUGGUCUCUAUGUCAUCCAAAGAAUGCUAUGUGGUUAAAUCACAACAUGUCUGGGUAUGGUGUGGCCAAUCUUCAACCGGCGAUGCUCGUGAAUUGGCCAAAAAUGUUGGUGCUUUAUUGGGUGAGAGUUCCUUGGCCUUGGAGGGCAAGGAACCCAAAGAGUUCUGGCGUUCCGUGACAAAUCUCAUGAACCAAAGUCUUAUACUCAAUGGAUUGAAUCAAAGUCACAAUUCAUUGAAUACCAGCAAUGGCGGUAGUUCCAGCAUGGGUAGCCCCUCGCCCAUCAACUCGAAUGGUAGUGUAACUGGCAACACUCAAUAUCUUACAUCGCCCAGCACAAAGACACCACGAUUCCAAGCACAACUAUUUGCGGUCUGGACUUUGCGCAAUAAAUUCUUUUGCGAGGAGAUUUUAGGUUAUGAUCAAACGGACUUGUCGCCAGAGUGUGCUUACAUUUUAGAUGCAGGCAUCAUUAGCUAUGUGUGGCUGGGCAAAAAUGUGUCCACCUAUGAGAAAGACAAAUACCUAAGUAUGGCUCAGAAUUAUUUGGAAACGGUGCCAAUUGCACGGCGACCGACCACAGCCAUUGGGGUGAUACGCCAACAUGAUGAGCCCAAUGUUUUUAAGGGAUUUUUUGAUAACUGGAACACAAACCUGUGGAAUAGCUAUGUAAAUUAUGAACAGACACGCCAAAUAUUAUCCAAAGGUUCACCAAGUCUUACCAAUGGCAAUGGUGUUGCUCCCUUGAAUGGAGAAAAUGGCAAAUUACCUCCUUCCAUUUUGAACAACCAAAAAGAUUUUGAUCGUCAUCAGAAAUAUCCCAUUGCGAUAUUGCAACAAGAAAUCGAUUUGCUGCCAGAGGAGAUUAAUCCUCUGAAAAGAGAGGUACACUUAACCCAUGAUGACUUUGUUUCCCUAUUCAACAUGUCCUUCUAUCAAUUCGAUGAAUUACCCGCAUGGAAAAAGCAAGAACUUAAGAAGAAACAUAAACUAUUUUAAUUAAUUCCUUAUAAGACAUACAAAUCGAUUUGCAAAUAAGAAAAUGCAGAGAACCAACCGCCUUCCAGAACACCCCUUUGCAACAGCCCAUACAAAAAUUGCUUUUCACUAAAAAAAAAAAUUGGAAGAAACAAAAUCCCAAAAAGUAGUAUUUUAUGUAAAAAAAAAUGUAAUAAGUUAUGUUUUUAUUCAUAUGAUAAUAUAUAAAGCAAAAUUAUAUGUAUUU